AUGUCAGAUGCACAGCCCAUCGCUGUUCGCUAUAACAUCGGGCCUUUGCACGCGAGAGCGCUGCCUUUCGUCCUUGCUACGGGUCACGGAUGCGAUCAGACGCCACACGUCGCUGGAGCAUGCCGGUACUACAAGAUCCCAACGACCCGCUCAAUCUUCAUCACGCAUCUCAGAUGGGAUCGGCUCGACAUAGAGUACUCGAGAGCUAGAGUGGUCGACUUGUGGCUCCAGGCGGCGAACAUGCACAAUCGCGCCACUGGAUUGACGCGGCAGAUACUAGGCCGUAUGGACGUACUGGGCCGUAUGAACAUCCAGCCUGCUGGGGAAUCUCAGGAGUCUGAGGACUCCAAACGGCGAGAAUGGUACAAAAUUCUCCAAGACUACAUCAACAAGACUGAAUUGCUCCACGUCGAGUUGUCCAACUUCCUCUCUACCCUGGUCGAUAUCGAAUCAACGGGACGCAUCUGCCAGGAAUUGCCCGAACCCAAAAUUUCCGCUCGCCUCCUUCCUUACCUCUCCGAAGCCAUCGAUACCUUCGAGCCACAGACUACCUGGAUGUCCCAGAUCAUCAGUAAUCUGGAGAAAAUCCUCAACGACACCGAGGCGGUGGACGAUACGAUGAAGACUCUCGAGUCCAAAUAUAACGUAUCGUUUCCGGCGAUAGAGCGCCCAUUGAAGCCAAAUGCUGCAGAGAUCUACACACCAAGUAGUCCCUCUUCAUCAUCGUCCUCACCCAAACUUGGCGGCGCCACAUCGCCUUUCGCCCUACCCUUGAGGCUGCAACCUAUCAUGCGGCCUGUAAACGCCAUGAUCUCGUUCUUCCGACCGUCACCUGCAGACGCGCAUCCUCCCAUCUCCAAGUCCGACUAG